AUGAGCUAUGCAAUCUUGCAUAAAGCUGCCAACCGUGCUAUAUCUGCCCCUCUUAUUAAAAGCCAGAACAAUGCCAAACAUUAUGUUUCCCCGCCAACAGAGGCCCGGGCGGUGAUCCAGGGAGCGCCGGAGAUCCAUGUCCACACGGGCGUCCGCCUACGCCUGCACUGCGGGGUGGAGCUGGCCACCGAGUCUCCCGCCUUCAUCUUCUGGUACCACAACGGGACCAUGGUCAACUACGACCUCAGGAGGGCCCUCAAGGUCGUCCGUAACCACCAUGGCAUCUCGCUCGUCAUCCAUAACGUGACCUGGGCGGACGCGGGGUCGUACAUGUGUGACCCGGACAAGGCCCGGCCCGCCAAUGUCACCCUCCAUGUUAUUGCUGAGGAGAAGCACGCGGCGCUGCACAACGGCCACAGCGACGAAUCAGAGCAGCUGACCACCGCUGACUCCGCCCCCUGCCUCGCGGCCCCGCUCCUGAUUGGCUCCUGUUUGUUUAUACUCCUGAUGGACGGAUAUUUUGAAAAAUGUGUUAUGCUAUCUCGAUGAUGGGAAUAAGAAUAAAAUGCUACGAGAGAUUAUAAAUAUAUACAUAUAUAUAUACUGUAUGUGUCUUAUGAUGUUAAGGUCUGUUAUCUUGAUGUAUGAUUAUGUAUAUAAUGGUAUAUUCAUUAUUUUCUAUGGCAACGUAAAAUGUUUAUUGUCAGUUCCCUUCCAGUGUUAUGUAUAUAAUUUUUAAUUUGCGUUAUUGACUGACGGCGCAUCAGUACUAUUUUCUAUUUUUACAUUAUAUUCUUAUCCACAGGAACAUUAUAUAUAGUUUAGGCAGAAUAGGCUAGCGUAUAUAGGUCAAUAUAACUUAAGAAACAUAUUACAAUCGUCGCCACACACCCUAAAGGCGCCUCUGUUGCUGCCGGCUGGUUGGCUACCUUAACUGAGCUUGUGUCGUCAUCUCCAGUCAUUGUACAAGUUACUCUGUAACACUUGUGUCACGCAAAGAAUAACAGGAAUUAAAUUUAUAAAGAUUGAUUUUUGAUUUUCACGAACUGAACCCCUAACAUUCAUUUAGCCACGCAAGUUACAGUCGUCAAAACUACAUAUAUAAGGAAAGUUCAGUAUUUCUGUCAGUACUCGGGGAUCCCCUUCUCCAUGGAAUGUUUAUAUACAAACUCGCGUGGGAAUGUUUAUAUGCCAAAAAGUUAUAAGUUCAUUAUCCUCACCAUAUUAUGUUGAAAUCUUUACAGCCAUGGAGCCGGUUUACAAAAAUGUAAAAUGUUUACAGGGAGCCGGUCGGCCGAGCAGACAGCACACUGGACUUGUUAUCCUGUGGUCCCGGGUUUGAUCCCGGGCGCCGGCGAGAAACAAUG